CAUUGUUGAAGAAUCCGAAGACUUCCAGAGUCAGUCUUACGGUCAUCGUUGGUCGGUUAAAGAUCAGUUACCUACCUUAUGUCAUCUGACGGUAAACUUUCCCCGUACGUCGAUGUAUUCUACCGGUAACGUUUAUCAAUAGUGAUUCCUUUUUUUUUCAAGUUGGAUCUGAAUCCGAAGAAAAAUAUUUAAAAAAGUCAGUAUGGAUUUGGAUAAAGAUCAAGGUAUGCCAUGUUGGAAAAUAUACGCAGCCACGAUAGCAUCAGCAUUAUUUGGGUUCGUACUGACGCUGAUUCUAAUAAGGAUAUAUAAUUAUUGCACACUCAAGUUAUGUUACAGUAGAACAAAUCUGAAAGGUAAAACGGUCAUCAUAACAGGUGCGAAUUCAGGUAUUGGCAAGGAGACCGCUCGAGAUAUGGCAGAACGCGAAGCUAGAGUAAUUAUGGCAUGCAGAAACACCGAAACUGCGGAGAAAGUAAAAGAAGAAAUAAUCGCACAAACGAAGAAUCCAAACAUCGUGGUUCGUAAAUUGGACUUGAGCAGUUUGAAAUCAGUACGAGAAUUUGCGAGUGAAAUUAAUAAAACUGAAUCAAGACUGGAUAUUUUGAUUCACAAUGCCGGAAUGGCCAAUACCUUUAAACGUCAAGUAACUGAAGAUGGACUCGAAGUGACCAUGGCAACUAAUCAAUAUGGUCCAUUUUUAUUGACGCAUCUCUUAAUAGAUUUAUUGAAAAAAUCCAAACCAAGUAGAAUAGUGGUAGUUUCCUCAUCGUUAUACAAACUGGGAAAAAUUAAUUUAAAUAAUCCAAAUCCCAUCGACGCGUUACCAGCUUACCUGUAUUAUGUAUCAAAAUACGCCAACAUUCUAUUCACCUUAGAACUCGCUAAACGAUUAGAAGGAACAGGAGUUACAGCUAAUUGUUUGCAUCCUGGAUUGAUUGAUUCUGGAAUAUGGAGAAAUGUACCGUUCCCAAUGAACUUACCCUUACAACUUAUCGUAAAAACUUGUUUCAAGACGCCUAAAGAAGGUGCACAAACAACUAUUUACUGCGCAGUAUCGCAAGCACUCGCUUGUGCAAAUGGAAAAUAUUAUUCAGAGUGUCACGAAGCCGAACUUUCUCCCGGAGUAAAAGAUGAACUGACUGCUAAAAAAUACUGGUCCAUUUGCGAAAACUUGGUGCAACUGAAAAAAGACGAUCCUCAUAUUUGAAUUUGCUGUGAAGAUUUUUUCAACAUUAUUAAGACAUUGUGACAAAUUAAGAGAGAUAGUGAUGUCGUAUCUCGUGUAAUUUCAUCCAUAACUACUUAAUGCAUUUUUUAAAUAGCGUUAAAAUUUAACGCGAGUAUUUUGUGUUUAAUGCAGGAUUAUAUAAGUAAAUAAUUUCAUUAGAUUUUUUAUAAGGAUAUUAUAAUUAAGUGAUCAGUGAUCAAAAUUAGGUAUACUUUUAAGUUGACAAAUUACUAUUUUUGUGAAAUUAAUUUCUUUUUAAGAAUUUGUAGGUAAAGUUCUCUCUUUUCAGUUUUAAUUCUUUCAUAGCGUAGAACGUACUUAGCUUUUAGUUAAUCCGAGAUAGAAAAAUCAGUUACCAUGAUUAUUUUUCAGUUUUCAACAAACAAGUAUCUACCUGUCUAAAAAAUUUUAAACAGGGGUUUAAAAAUAUUUUACAUUUUGACGAUAACUUACACUUAUCUAUAUUGACACUUCAAGUUCAAUUAUUCAGAUUGUGUUUUAUGCAAUAUCAAAUAAGGUUAAAUAUAUUUUUUCAAAUUUUGUUUUCAAA